UUUCCUCACGAAAUACGCCGCAUAACAGAACGCAGUCACCGUAACAGUCAGUAGAGUCAAAAUAUCUGUCAAAAGAGAACAUAAAAAAUACAUUGGUGAACGUAAAUUUGCAAAAAAAAAAUUAUUUUAUUUACAUUGUGUUUGAUCAAUUUUGUGAUAAUUUGUGUGUAAUCUCCAAUGUAAUGGCCUUACCAAGGAAGUUAGCUUCAAAAAUAUAUGAAAUAGAAGCCCACGCACAGAAAGUGAGAUGCUUGGAUUUGGGAGAGACUGGACGGGUUUUAGUAACAGGUGGACAAGAUCGGAAUGUUAAUUUGUGGGCAUUCGGAAAUGACAAACGUUUUAUGUCUUUAUCCGAACAUAAUGGGGCAAUUGAUUGCGUAAAGUUUGCCUACAAUGACAACUAUGUCUAUUCGGCCGACGAACAUGGUAUCAUAAAACGAUGGGAUUUGAACGGUCAAACCGGUUCGUCAACGUUUUUUGGUCAUAUGAAAAGUGUCCGAACGCUAGACUUUCAUCCGUACGGUGAAUAUGUGGUGUCUGGCAGUAAUGACACAACCGUUAGAUUAUGGGAUGUGCGCAAGGACAAUCAAUGCAUAUACAAAUACCGCGGUCACAUUGCCAACAUAAAUUCCGUCAAAUUUUCGCCAGACGGCUCGUGGAUAGCAUCGGCUGGAACUGAAGGAUCCGUUAUCAUAUGGGACAUACGAACCCAACAGCGAAUUAUUGAAUUCCAAGAGCACGCGUCGCCCGUAACAUGCAUUCAAUUUCAUCCGUUCGAAUUUCUUCUGGCCGCUGGUCGAAAUGAUGGUUCCGUGGAUUUAUAUGACUUGGAGAGUAGAAAACUGGUGUCCCGUUCCGACACAAAAAACUCAUUCUCAUCCAGUACAGUGAAAUGUAUAACAUUUAGUGAAAAUGGUCAGUGUCUGUUCGUUGGAACAGCGGAUGGUAUAUCCGUUAUAGGCUGGGAGCCAGAUAGACAGUUCGACAAUAUCGAAUCGGCUUGGAGUAUGCUUGGCGACAUUCAAGUCUUCAAAAAUAAAUUGUUUUGCGGCUCGUACGAAAAUCAAAAAGUUGAAAUCCAUGCCAUCAACUUGGACGACAUAAUUCCAUUUUACAAUCCGCUCAACAAACCGUUCAAUCCACAGCAAAGUUCACGGAAAAGUUUCUCUCGCGGUAAUUCCAAGCAUCGUGUGUCCAUCGGAAAGACUGUACGCUCAACACAAGACACGAUAAACGAAAAUAGCUCCGAACCGCCUAGCCUCGACGAUCUGUCGGCAAAUUCGAUCUAUCAAACCCCGCCCAGUCCACUGCCACACGGCUUUUCGUUUGGUGAAUAUGCUUCGACGCGAGAAAGUUAUUUGUUCGACAGUCUUCCGAAUGAUAAUUACAAAUACAACGAAUUCGACAAUCCAACGUCAACACCAACGUCCGCCGAACCAGACAUGUUUAUCGAUAACUAUGACAUGAGCGAUUUGGAUUAUUACCCGAUGCGUAGCAGUCCCGGUUCUUCCAAUGUUGUCGAACCCGAACGCGAAGAUUUCCCAGUAAAUAGUGCUCAACCGCCAGAUUAUGCACCCAAAAUGGACAUAACUAGUUUAACGAAACAAUCGUCCAAAUUUCGCCAGCCAAUGUCCCGUCGAAAUAGUCCACCAAAUCACCCAAUUCGUACAACGGUGCAACGAAAAUUGUCGGGUGUAUCGUCGAUAAGUACGACCGAUCUACAUCGAAUCGAUGAACCGUCGUCCAUGCGACCAAUGGGUCGGGCUAUGUCGCCGGUGAGGAAUUUCAUGGCUCGACAGAAGAAGAACAUUAACAACAACAACCACAAAAAUGAAAUAAACAGUCGAGAGAGCAGUCAUUUAAGUAGAAACAGCAAAUUAACUGUCCAAAUACACACACCGCCAAUGAAACAAGCACCAGCCAGAUCGAAAACAGCUUUCGAUUUGCGAUCGUCACUACCAGUAUCCCCGUUGACUCAGAGGACUUCCAACUUCCAUGGACAUUCAAUGACCGACGAAAGUUCCGAAUUUCAUUUACUAAACACUGGCCACGACAGGGUGUAUCAAGAGCUGCAAAAUCGAUAUGUUGCUUUGGAAUCGAUUCGAAAAUCUAUGAGAAAUCAAGAUAUUAAUAUUAUGGGUGCCUUAAAACAAUCAAUCAAAACGAAUGAUAGAUCUGUGCUGGUUGAUCUACUGGGCGCUGUCAUUGAGAAAGCCGGAACUUGGAAUCUUGACAUGUGCCUCAUACUACUUCCAGAAAUAUACGAAAUGCUGCAGAGUGCUGACAGUAAAUUCCACACAACACGAGCAUGUGACACAUUGCGCGUUAUCCUAUUACACUUCUUGCCAGUGAUUCAAGCGAACAUCGAUAGCUAUGCACCAACUCGAGCGUUAGGCGUUGAUAUACCGCGCGAGGAACGGCAAAAUAAAUGCCUUGAAUGUCGUGACUGGCUAUUACGCAUCAAAUCAUUACCGGAAAAUCGACACAUCGGAUCGAGCCUAUUAGCGCUACAGAAUUUAAUUGUGGAUAUUUGAACGGAAUGGUAAAUUUUAAAAAAAUGUUUGAGAAGUUAAAUACGAAAUUGAAAAUUAAUAAAAAAAAGGCAAACGUCGGAUAUAAAUCGUUCAUCAUGUAUAUCACAUCCCAACAUAUUUUGACUCCUAUACUGUUUAAAAUUUUCGAAAACUUUCUCUCGUGAUUAAUAAUAAUUUAGUUUAAUUACUGCGAAAUUAUUGUCUUUUUCUUUUUUUGUUUAUUUUUUUUUGGUUCGUCUCUUAAUCGUUUUAAAAAUGGAGAAAAUAAAUUUAGCUCUUAAGUUGUCAUAAUGUCAUUAUUAAUAGAGCAACAACUACUACUAAAAAAACGUUAACUAAACUAAUUAAUAAAAAUAAAAAUAAUUUAAAAAAAACAACAAAACUGUUCACUGGUGAUAAUAUUUUUAACAUUAAAAAAAACGUUUCUUUUUAAAUUAUUUUUAGUUUAAAUCAAUUCAUAGCGUUUAACAAAACAUAUCUGUAUUAAGAAGUAAGAUACACACACUCCAUACAUACACUAUACACACACAUAGUAACACAUACAUGACUGAAAGCCUUGAAAGAGUAGCGAAGAAAAAAUGUCAUGAAUCACUCACGAUUCUUUUGUGAGACGAAAAUGUGAGAAAAUGGAACUUACGAUUUAAGUGGCUGUUAUUUGCCUUUGCGUUAAGCGUAACAUGUGAAGUUUUGUAUAAACAUUUUGUGAAAUAGAAUACAUGAAUUUUCAAAAUGC